AUGAAGUGGAUAGAAAUAAUCUUUGCUUCUUGGAUAUUUUUAAUAAUUACUUGCUUCGUAUUUUUCGAACUCAAAUGGAAUCAUGAUUUUAUGAGUGAGAAAAAAUCUACGAGACACCCUUAUAUUUGUAGUGAAGUUUAUAAAAAAUUGCCAAAUUUUACUUGGAAUGAAUUUAAUGAACGUGUUCAACAUGGUGCUAACUUUGUUGUUUGUGGUGGACUUGUAGUUGAUGUUCACAAAUGGAUGCAUUCUCAUCCAGGUGGAUUUCAUAUAAUUAGAAGGGUUGUUGGGUCAGAUAUUACCAAUGAUUUUUAUAAUAAGCAUCAAAAUAUUUCAAUCACUGAAGAAUUUGAUGAACCAUGCAUUCCUAUACUAUCAACCGAAGGAUUUUCCAGGAAAAAUUCUACGAUACAUAAAUAUAUUCAUCAUCUUCAAGGGAGACAUACUGUUGAGGAAAAGAGUAAUUUUGCUACCAGGAUUGAUAUUCUUAAUUCAAAUUAUUAUAAAAAAGUUCCGAUUGCUCAACAUACUCAUAGUAAACUUGCGAUUCAGAAGAUGGCUUCAAUGGUUAUUGGUAAAAUUGAAAAAGUUGAAAAAGAUCAUAUGUCAGAUAAAUUUUCUUUAAUAACAACGUCCACUGGUAGUCAAAGUUCACAAAUUGGUUAUUAUAAUAAUGAACUAUUUUCUAGUAUAGAGAAUAAAUUUCAUCGUUAUAAGCUUACUAGUAAAGCGAUAGUUAAUGUAAAUAAGAAAAUCCCUAUAAUGAGAUUUACAUUCACUAAAAUUUAUCAACAUAAAAAUUAUAAUAAUGAGAGAUUCUAUCCAGGAAAUUAUGUUGAGUUAUUUGCAAAAGUAAAAGGUCAAAUGGUAACACGAAAAUAUUGUCCACUGGAAGGCACAAUUUCAAAAUCAUUUUCGAUUUAUGUUAAAAUUUAUUCGGACGGACUUUUAUCUCGGCACUUGAAUAAACAACUAUUAGGAUAUGAAAUUUUAGUCCGUGGUCCGUUCAAUAUCGAAUUAUCACCUUAUGUUGGACCAUUACUGUUUACUCCAAAAGGUUCUUUAUUAAAUCCGAAUAGCAUUGAUGGAUGUUGGGAUGAAUUAUACAUGAUUGCCGGGGGUACCGGUGUAACACCAAUGCUACAGUUGAUAAGGUAUCAUUUGGAACAAUCAGCAAAACAAAUUAAUGAUCAUUAUAAGAUGCAUUUACUAUAUGCAAGUGACACAGUCCAAGAUAUCAUUGAUGGCAUAUUACUCGAAGAUUUAGCACUCACAAGUCGUGGACUAUUUACCGUGGCAUAUUGCCUUGCAAAUCCACCUGAUGAAUGGAAAGGCUUAAGUGGAAUAAUUGAUUCGAACUUAAUAACAGAAUGGUUAUCUAAAAUGGGGUGUAAAUUAUAUCCAUUUUUAUCUGAACAACAGCAAAGUUCUCUAAAUGCUGGUACCAUUUUAUUCGGUCAUUCCAUACGUGAUAUCGACGCAUAUAAUUUUCAAGACGAUCAAAAAAAGUCAACGCAACCUUUUAUCUCCUCUCUAUCGCAAGUUAAUAAAGAAAUAAGCGAAGACUUUAAUAAUAAUAAAUUCUCAUUACAAAGGAAAUUAUCUAAACAAAAUUCUCAACUAUCGUCAACUCUUUAUACGCUUUCUUCAGCAUUACGAACAGACAACUUACAAGAAUCCAGUUCACUAUCAUCAUCAGUAAUCACGACUUCUGAAGAUGAAACUGGAUCUAUGACUAGGGCAAUAAGAGGAAUCAGUCCUUUGUUUGAUAAAAACUCCGGAACUAUCACUUCGCAUCGAAAAAUUAUUGUUUGCGGACCAAAUGAAAUGAUAAAAGUUGUAGAAAAUAUUUUGUGUAACAUGGGAUUCGACGAAA